UUCUCUCUAUACUAGUUUGACACCAAAGGCAAGAACACAAACUGUAAAAAUACUAACCAAAAUCUACCUCCUUAGAUCGAUACCAAUUCAACUAUGGUUUUUUGUACUAAGAUUAAUUGGUAUUAAUAACUUAAUAUCAAAUUGCCAACAAUACCACGUUCUUCACAUGUCAUGUGUUUCUCACAACUGAAAAUUUUCAAAAGCUACAAAAACAAAUAGAAAUUGAUCCUUUAACUUCUUACACCAUUCCUCAUAUGAUGCCAAAACACACAUUGUACAAGUUUUGUUCAUUUACAUGUCAAUACUCGACCAAAUAAUGCAUGUAAUUAACAUCAGAAAAUGAUGCUUCAUCUUACAAUUAUAUUAUGUUUCUAUACCCCCCCCAUUCACACAUUCCAUAUAUAGAUACAUUUUUCUAGCAAGUGUCACUAGUUGGUGGGGAAGCAAAACUCAACCCCACCAAGCCUAUUGACCUUACUCUAACCUACUUGCUAUAUAUAUUCAAACAAAACCACAUUUCAUUGGGUCACUAUACACAUCUCUCAUUAAUGCUACAUCAAAUAUCAUCAUGCCCUAUCUUUCUUCUCCUCAUUAUAUUAAUAUUCUCUUUUUUUCAUCAUAUCCUCAAAUUUGGAAGAAGAUGGAAAUCAAUAUUAGUUCAUAUGAAUCUUCUAACUUGAGCAGCAAGCAACAUCAUGAUGUUAAAGAAGAUUAUACAUCAUCUUCAUCAUUCAAUCUAACAAAUGUUUCAAAACUCAUUCUUCCACCACUUGGUGUUCCUAAAGAGAAUCAUGUUUACUCUAAAUGGAUCAUUUCACCAAUGGAUUCAAGAUAUAGGUGGUGGGAGAGUUUUAUGGUUGUAUUGGUAGCAUAUACUGCAUGGGUUUAUCCAUUUGAAGUUGCUUUCAUGCAUUCUUCAAAUAGGGAGCUAUAUAUUGUGGACAAUAUUGUUGAUCUUUUCUUUGCUAUUGAUAUUGUUAUGACAUUCUUUGUGGCAUUCAUUGAUGGAACUACUCAUCUACUUGUUAGAGAUUCCAGAAAAAUUGCUGUUAGGUACUUGUCAUCAUGGUUCAUAAUGGAUGUGGCAUCAACAAUACCAUACGAAGCAAUAGGCUACAUUGGCAAUCACAAAUUGAGUCUCCCUUUCUUUCUCUUAGGAAUGCUCAGAUUUUGGAGAAUCAGACGUGUCAAACAAUUCUUCACAAGGCUUGAAAAAGACAUCAGAUUCAGCUAUUUCUGGGUCAGAUGUGCCAGGCUUCUUUCUGUAACACUUUUUUCAGUUCAUUGUGCUGGUUGUCUCUAUUACAUGCUAGCUGAUAGGUACCCUCAUAAAGGUAAAACAUGGAUUGGAGCUGUCAUUCCAAAUUUCAAAGAGACAAGUCCUAGAACAAGAUACAUUUCAGCCAUAUACUGGUCCAUCACCACGAUGACUACCGUCGGUUAUGGCGAUCUUCACGCUGUCAACACCAUGGAAAUGAUUUUCAUUAUUUUCUAUAUGCUCUUCAACCUCGGCCUAACCGCUUACUUAAUCGGUAACAUGACGAAUCUUGUAGUUGAAGGAACUCGCCGCACAAUGGAAUUCAGAAAUAGCAUUGAAGCAGCAUCGAACUUUGUGUACCGAAAUCGCUUGCCACCGAGGCUAAAAGAUCAAAUCCUUGCUUACAUGUGUUUGAGAUUUAAGGCGGAAAGCUUGAAUCAGCAUCAGUUAAUUGAACAGCUGCCAAAGUCAAUUUGCAAAAGCAUUUGCCAGCAUUUGUUUUUUCCAACUGUAGAGAAAGUCUAUCUCUUCAAAGGUGUCUCGAAAGAAAUCCUGUUGUCCCUAGUUGCAAAAAUGAAUGCGGAAUACAUACCACCGAAAGAGGAUGUUAUAACGCAAAACGAAGCGCCGGACGAUGUUUACAUUAUAGUGUCGGGAGAAGUAGAGAUCAUAGAAAGUGUGAUAGAAAAAGAGAGAAUUUUAGGGACUCUAACAACAGGUGAAAUGUUUGGAGAAGUUGGUGCACUUUGUUGUAGGUCUCAAAGCUAUACCUAUAGAACCAAGACAUUCACAGAGAUUCUGAGGUUGAAAACCAGUGCUCUUGUAGAAGAAAUGCAUAUUAAGAAAGAAGAUAAUAUACUAAUACUCAAAAACUUCCUUCAGCAUUAUAAGGAGCUUAAGGAUUUGAGUGUCAAAGAUGUAAUGGUAGAGAAUGUUGAAGAAGAGGAUCUUAACAUGUCUGUGAAUUUGUUAACUGUGGCUAGCACUGGUAAUGCUGCUUUUCUUGAGGAGCUUCUAGGAGCUGGUUUGGAUCCUGAUAUUGGAGACUCUAAAGGAAAAACUCCAUUGCAUAUAGCAGCAUCAAAUGGACAUGAAGAGUGUGUGAAAGUGUUGCUCAAACAUACAUGCAACAUUCAUAUAAAAGAUAUGAAUGGUAACACUGCACUAUGGUAUGCAAUAGCUUCAAAGCAUUACUCAAUCUUCAGAAUCCUCUAUCAACUAUCUGCACUGUCUGAUCCAUACACAGCUGGAAAUCUCCUAUGUCUAGCAGCAAAAAGAAACGAUUUAACCGUGAUGAACGAGCUUCUAAAGCAAGGACUAAACAUUGACUCAAAAGAUGGACACGGCACGAAGGCUAUACAAAUUGCUAUAACAGAAAAUCUUGUUGACAUGGUUCAGUUGCUUGUUAUGAAUGGCACAGAAGUUGAUGAUAUACAUAUCCAUGAAUUUUCUGCAUCCACCUUAAGUGAAUUAUUGCAGAAACGCGAAAUCGGGCAUUUAAUUAAUGUGAAUGAGGCAAUGCCUAGUGAAUUUGUAUGUGAAGGUGAAAAUGAAGAAGAACAGAAACAAAUUUGGAGAAGAUAUAAUGGAGUAGAGUUUCCGAGAGUUAGUAUAUAUAGAGGUUACCCUAUAUCGAGAAGAGAAAAAGGUUUCAUUGAAGCCGGAAAGUUAAUAAAGUUGCCCGAUUCAUUAGAAAAGCUCAAAAUUAUUGCAGGUGAAAAAUUUGAGUUUGAUGCAAGAGAUGCAAAGGUGAGAAAUGAAGAAGGAGCAGAAAUUAACAGUAUUGAUGUGAUCAGAGAUAAUGACAAACUUUUUAUUGUUGAAUAGACUAUUGAUGCAAAAUGUCUAAGUGUAUAAGGAUAUAAAUAAUCUUGAAGGAAAGAAUUAGAGUGUUGUAAUUGAGACACUCAGACACAGAAAAUGAAAUCUUUGUGAGCAAGUAGACUGCAUAGGAUUGGUAAUAGUGUUGAAUUUAAGCAUACAAAUACUAAAAAAACAUUAGUACCUAAUUAAAAGUUAGUGUUGGAUAUGAAAUUGAAUGGUACACCAACAUUAUGACUUAUGAGGCCAAUGGCAAGUCACAUGCAUGCUCACAAAGAUAACGUCAUUCAUACUAUUGAGUGCAUAAAUUUGUAAGUUUGUUUGUUGCACACCAAAUUAUCAUGAUUAUUAUUCCUUACAUGUACUUGAUUAUUGGUGUUAACCUAUCUCAAAUAUGCAAACCAUGUUGAUUUUGAUUCCCAUGUAACAUGAAGUGUUUGAUUGUCAAUA